CUUCCGGUGAUAGUAAACUAAAACAAGAAGCGAGGGAAAUGGACCUGUUUGGUGAUCUGCCAGAACCAACAGCUGUGACUGCUAGCAAUAAGUUGUCAACAGGAUCAGAGGGAAAUGUCAACCAGGAGGAAGAAAGAGGACAAAAGAGGAAAGAUACAGAGGAUGAACUUAUCCACAACAAGACUACCAGCAAAAUAAAAGCCUCUGUCCAGUUCAGACUGAAGGGAUACAUGGCGGAGAGAAGAGGAGAGAGAGAGGAAAUGCAAGAUGCACAUGUCAUGAUGGAUGAUUUUACGUCUGAAUUUACCGACUUAGACCCAUCUAUUGUACGCCUGGCUCUGUAUGCUGUCUUCGAUGGUCAUGGUGGUGCUAGGGCUUCCAGGUUUGCAUCCCAGCAUUUGCAUAAAAUUCUGCGAGAUAAUUUCCCUAAGGGGGACAUAACUCAGGUUGAUCGAGAGAUUAAGAAGGUCUUUGUGGAGACAUGCAAGAAAACUGAUGAAGAAUUCCUGAAGCUGGCGACUAAGAGUAAACCAUCAUGGAAGGAUGGUACAACAGUGUCCAUUGUUCUGGUAGUCAACGACACAGUUUACACAGCUAAUCUGGGUGACAGUCAGGUGUUCUUGUGCCGUCAGAAAGAGGACAAACAUAUCCCAAUUCACCUAACCACUGUGCACAAUCCAUCCGCAUAUGAAGAACGAAUCAGAAUUCAGAAGGCUGGUGGUUCUGUCAAAGAGGGCCGUGUAAUGGGAGUCCUUGAUGUGUCGCGCUCCAUCGGUGAUGGUCAGUACAAGAAACAUGGAGUCACCUGUUUACCAGAUAUGAAGAAAUGUCAGCUUACACAAAAUGACAGGUACCUUCUGAUCGCUUGUGAUGGUUUAUGGAAGGCCUUCUCACCAGAAGAAUGUAUCAAAUUUACAAACACCAUUUUAGAGGAUUCCAGUUUACAAGGCACAGACUACCAGUCCGCCUCAGAGGUCCGAUUGGACAGUGUAGUUAACAAACUGGCUAACAAUGCAGUGUUGAGACUUAGUUCAGACAAUGUGACCGUGAUGGUGGUGGAUAUUAAAAACACAAACAGCUGAUACAAAGGGACUGGCUCAAAUCUAAAUAUAGACACUAACAGCUGAUACAAAGGGACUGGCUCAAAUCUAAAUAUAGACACUAACAGCUGAUACAAAGUGUUAGGGUCAAAAUCUAAAUAUAGACACUAACAGCUGAUACAAAGGGACUGGCUCAAAUCUAAAUAUAGACACUAACAGCUGAUACAAAGGGACUGGCUCAAAUCUAAAUAUAGACACUAACAGCUGAUACAAAGUGUUAGGGUCAAAAUCUAAAUAUAGAAACUAAUAGCUGAUACAAAGGGACAGGGUCAAAAUCUAAAUAUAGACACUAACAGCUGAUACAAAGGGACAGGGUCAAAAUCUAAAUAUAGACACUUACAGCUGAUACAUAAUUACCUUAACAGGACUAAAGGAUCAAGGUCAGACUCUAAAUAUAGACACUAACAGCUGAUACAAAGGGACAGGGUCAAAAUCUAAAUAUAGACACUAACACCUGAAACAAAGGGAGAGGGUCAAAAUCUAAAUAUAGACAGGAACAGCUGAUAAAAUGGACAUGGUCAAAAUCUAAAUAUAGACACUAACAGCUGAUACAAAGGGUCAGGGUCAAAAUCUAAAUAUAGACAAUAACUAGACACUUACAGCUGAUACAUAGUGUUAGGGUCAAAAUCUUAAUAUAGACAUGUACAAUAACAGCUGAUACAAAGGGUCAGGGUCAAACUCUAAAUAUAGACACUUACAGCUGAUACAUAAUUACCUUAACAAGACGAUAUGGUCAAGGUCGAAAUCUACAUACAGACAUGAACAGCUGCUAUAUUAUUUCCUGAACAGAACAUAAAAGGUCAAGUUGUAAUAUAGACAUGAAGAGCUAAUACAUUAUUUCCUGAAAGGACUAGGGGGUCAAGGUCACAUUUUAAAUGAAGACACAGACAGCUGAUACAUUUUAAACUGAAAGGACUAUGGGGUCAAGUUCAAAUUCUAAAUAUAGAGUAUUUUGAUGUGAAUAUGUUGGAAAUCCUACAAUAAGCCUCUGCCUGGUAAUAAGACCACCCCUAUCUAUGUCAGUUCAGCUGAAAUGUCAACAGAUGUAAUUACAUUGCUCUGUAACAGGUACAUCUACAUUGUCAGAAUAUGUGCUGGACUGCUGUAGGAUAAAGAUAGCGUUAUUUAGGAGUAGAUCAACAUUCCAGUUGUAAGGUGGAAAUGAUACCAGAUAUUGUAAAAGCAAAAUGUACAUAAUAAACAAUAAGGUUAUUGUUGAGGAAUUCUUGGAACGUUGUUUCAUGGAAUGUUGGUAAUUCCACAAUAUGGUAAAUAAGGAAGGAAUGACAUCCCCAUACAUCAGGUUCAGAGUUAAAAGCUGGUAACUGUUGAAUGAUGGCUGGAUAAAAAGUGAAGUGAAGAGUUCUAAAACUGGCCAAGUAUUCAUGAGAUCAUCAAACUGUCUCCUCAUCAAACUGGUCUCCUCAUCAAACUGGUCUCCUCAUCUUAACUCCUCCUUUCCGUAAUGGUUCAAAAUCAUGUACCUACAUAUCUUAGCACAGAUGAAAUAAAAUAAACAGAAAUUUAACACUUGUUUCUCAUUCAGGUUUUGGUUAUUGUCAGAGAUUGAGGUUUAAGUCUGAAACUGUUUAAUGAGUGAUGGCCCAGAUGGAAAAAAUACCUAUUAAAGGCCACUUGAUUUAUGUUUUUAUUGAAAAUAAAUUAUUUCAAAAUAUAAAAAUUGUUCUAGU